UCAGCCACUUGCUACAAACUACACCAUCUAACGGCUAACACCAUGUUCAGCGAGCAUAAGAAGAAGCAGGAAGAAGCAAAGAGAACCGAGAAGAAUGGAGAAUUGAUCUUCGAUGACCUGGAUGCAAAAACUCGUGAUCUGAAACUAUCGGAUCAGGCAAAAAACGACAAAAAGUACAUGUCGGAGAUGGAGACCAAGAACCCGAAAAGAAAAUCUAUCAAGAAAAGCGACCAAAAACCGUCAACGAUGUCGCUGAAUGUAGGAAAGGGUGGUGUGGAGAAAGAGAAGGAAACGAUUUCCUCGCAGCGGAGCAAUAGUUUGGAAUCUCCAGGACUAGGAAGUCCCCAAAAUGUUGGUCUCGGGAUCUUUGAGGCAGCAACUAUGAUGCGCAACAUCGUUGACAUCACAACCGACUCGACCACUAUGAAGACGGGUAAAACGAAAACAUUGAAAUCAAAGGAAAGCAAGACCUCACUUGGUUCGGCAAGUGGGCCAUUCUCUCAGAUGAAGGAGGCUCAGGAGAUGAAGAAAAAGAGCAAAAACAGCUUUGAACUGGAUGAUAUUGACAACUAAACUAAUAUGUUUUAAUACUCAUCGUGUAUACCCAGUGAAUUUGUUUUAAAAAUACUAAUACUAAUCGGUAAUUGGCAUUCUCAAAUUUUGCAGAGACCGAUUUUGUCAAAAUAAUGUAUUGAAUAAAGUGGUUUGAUUUU